AUGCCUUCAAUGGAUUCCGGUAACUCCACACAGAGCCGUCACAAUUCUAAUAUCAAUCAACUCAAUAGACCCAAAGCAGAGCACUUUGCCAGGAGGCAAAAUAUUGAACAGCAGAGAAAAUCUUUGCCAAUUGCUGCAGCUGAAAAAUUACUUUUGGAGGAGGUUAGGAAUAAUGACACACUAAUAAUUGUUGGUGAGACGGGCAGCGGGAAGACAACACAAUUGCCCCAGUAUCUUAAUAACGGAGGGUUCUGUCGCGAUGGUGGGAUAAUUGGGAUAACUCAGCCUAGACGUGUUGCUGCUGUCACUGUUGCAAAACGGGUUGCUGAAGAAUGUGGAGUUGCAUUGGGCCAAAAAGUUGGAUAUGCCAUUAGAUUUGAGGAUGUGACUUCCAGCUCAACAAGGAUCAAGUAUAUGACAGACGGAUUGCUAUUAAGAGAAGCGUUACUUGAUUCAUAUCUCUCCAAGUAUUCUGUUAUUAUCGUUGAUGAGGCUCAUGAGAGAACCGUCCACACUGAUGUAUUGCUCGGCUUAUUGAAGACUGUACAAAAGACGAGGUCUAAAGGUGUCAGUGAUGCAGCAGAUAUUGAUCAUAGGGAAGUCAAGAAUGGCAUGCUGUUGGAAAAGCACAAUGGUUCGGAAGUUGCCAGUACUAUGAAGCAUUGCCGAGGCAAGAAAUUGUCUCCUCUGAAGAUUAUUAUUAUGUCUGCCAGUCUAGACGCACGGGUUUUUUCCGAGUACUUUGGUGGUGCAAGAGCUGUGCAUGUGCUGGGUCGACAGUACCCUGUUGAUAUACUCUAUACUCGUCAACCUGAGACUGAUUAUGUAGAUGCAGCUUUGAUUACCAUAUUUCAGAUACAUAUAGAGGAAGGUCCUGGCGAUAUACUCGUGUUCUUGACUGGCCAAGAAGAAAUAGAAUCUGUGGAAAGGCUUGUCCAUGAGCGCCUUCCACAAUUGUCCGAAAGCAAACGGAAGCUUUUGACCUUUCCAAUAUUUUCAUCUCUUCCAUCAGAGAAACAAAUGAAAGUUUUCUUGCCUGCCCCAAUUGGGUUUCGAAAGGUAAUAUUAGCUACCAAUAUUGCUGAGACAUCAGUGACAAUACCAGGAAUCAAGUAUGUCAUUGACCCUGGAAUGGUGAAAGUACGCACGUACGAGGCAUCUACAGGGAUUGAACCAUUAAUCGUCGUCAAAACUUCAAAAGCACAAGCACUUCAGAGGAGUGGACGUGCAGGCCGUGAAGGACCUGGGAAAUGCUACCGUCUUUACCCAGAGAGUGAAUUUGAUAAGCUCAAGGAUUCCACGACACCUGAAAUUAAAAGAUGUAACCUAUCAAAUGUUAUUUUGCAUCUUAAAGCUCUAGGCAUUGAUGAUAUUAUCGGCUUCGACUUCAUUGAACAACCAGACAGGAUUUCUAUCGUGAAGUCGAUGGAGUUGUUAUUCUUGUUAGGUGCUCUAACAGAUGAAAGUAAAUUGUCUGAUCCAGUGGGGCAAAAGAUGGCCAGGCUUCCACUGGAUCCUAUUUAUUCCAAGGCUCUCAUUAUUGCCAGUGAAUUUAACUGCUUGGAAGAAAUGUUAAUAGUUGUUGCAAUGCUCUCUGUGGAAUCUAUCUUUUAUGCUCCCCGUGAAAAGUUGGAAGAGUCUCGGAAUGCUUUAAAAAGCUUCUCAAGUCCAGAGGGGGAUCAUUUGACUUUCCUGAAGGUAUAUCGUGCUUCUGAUGAGUUCUUGCAGAAGAGCAACUUAGUGAACAGUAAAGAAAAAGCUGAAAAAAAUCUCAGAAAAUGGUGCAAGGAAAAUUUUAUCAAUAGCCGGUCCCUGAAGCAUGCUCGUGACAUCCACAGUCAAAUACGGAGGAAUGCAGAACAAAUGGGUCUCCUUGUCACUUCAUGUGGAGACGACAUGCUUCCUUUUCGCAGAUGCCUAGCUGCUUCCUUUUUUCUUAAUGCAGCUUUGAAGCAGCCUGAUGGUACAUACAGGGCUUUGUCAAGUGGUCUUACGGUGCAAAUCCAUCCGUCAUCUGUUUUAUUCCGGAUGAAACCUGAGAAUAGUAAUAGAAGUUCCAUGGGGGCAAAGAGGAGGGAGCAUAUGCAUAUCUUUGCUCCAUAUAGAUGGGGGACUUGCUCUUGA